GCCGUAGGGGUAGAGAAGUUGUCUUUUCAUUGUAGGAAAGUUGUUGGAAGAACAAAAAGGAACAUAUCAACAUGAAGUGGAUCCGGAGGGGAUAAAACUUUUUUUAAAAAUGGAUGAUCCAGGCAAAGAGAUGGCGCAGCAAGAGGAGCCCCUGUAUGAUUUCCCAGAGCCCUCACAGCCGUCACAGCGCAAGUUGUUGGGACACCAGAGGGGACGAGGUUCCCUGAGAAGCAUCAGCGUGCUGGACCGACUCCUGCUCACAGUCCCCGUCUGGCUUCAGCUGUCCAUCAACCCUGCCAACGCACUGCACAUACUGCGAAGGGAGCCUCCAGGGAACUUCCUGGUUCGAAAGUCUCGCACAUCCCAGAGAAAUGUGCUCUGUGUGCGCUUGGCGGAUGAUAGCGUGCCAUCCUUCGUCCAGCAGUUUGGCAUCAUAGAGGAGCAGUCCAGUAAAACUCUGUCUCUGGAGACUUCAGCCAUCAGCUUUCCAGAUCUCCCAAGACUAAUUUCCUUCUACUGUGUCAGCAGAGAUGUAUUGCCGUUCCCUCUGGAGCUUCCUGACGCCAUCGCGAAAGCGACGUCACACAAAGAGCUGGAGUCCAUCUCACAUAUGGGAAUAGAAUUCUGGAGUUCCCACCUAAAUGUUCGUGGGCCACGGGAGGCACCCAAACCUCGGAAAGACGAGGACAAGAAGCAAGACACUGUACCACCAGCACCGCCUGCUCCUGCUGCUGCUGCACCACAAACAAGCUCUCAGCUUGACUCAGCUCCCCAACCUGACAACCAGCUCAGUAAAGCACCUGAAUCAGACGCUGCCACAGAACCAUCAGGUCCAAACACCGACUUGUUCCGCGAGUUUUGUCCAAUCACAACACGCAGCCCCAGCGAGCUGGACUAUGGCUCCGGCAUGGGCGCUCUCUGUUUCAUCAACCCUCUUUUCCUGCAGUCUCAGACCGCUUUAUGCCGACGGCGCAUGUUCAAGCGCAGCCUCAAGGUUCGGAUUUCCACAGAGACGUCCACCCUUCUGUCUCCGCCGCUCGCCCCGCCACCUCCUCCGCCUCUGAUGCCAAAAGCCAAGAGGACAUGUAAACUGCAGAAAGGGAGACAAGGAACUGCUCAGCCCAGUGAUAGUCCAUGUCAACCCACUCAGAUUGAUCUACCUGCUAAAGGCGCCCAGCUUCAGCCUCGAACACAGAAAACUCCUGGUGAAGUGCAGCCUCCGUCAGCAUCUCCUCACCUCCAGCCUGAGGAGGUGAAGGAGCAAACACAGAUUGAAUCAGACCAAAGUAAACCUGGAGUCAAAGGAAAGUUCCUUACAGCUCAGCUAACAUUAACAGAGAAUUUUCCAAAUGACUCAGACUACAUGAAGCCCUCUCCGGUGAUCAAUCCAUCCAAUUCUCCCUUCCUCUCUCCUUACCUGUCCCCAUCUGGUUCUCCCAUGGCACCUCCCCUCUUCCCCAAAGUAUCCCCGUCCAUCUCUCCUCGUGACUCCCCUGGGGCUUCUCCCUCCCUCUCGCCUUAUCAAUCCCCGUCUUUAUCUCCCAAGGUUCCCUUUUCCCUCUCUCCAUAUGACUCGCCUAGUAAUUCGCCCUCUCGUUCCCCUUAUGAGUCCCCAUCUGCCUCCCCUAAGGUCCCCUUCUCUCUGUCCCCCUUCACCUCCCAGUCCUUCCCUCAGCUGAUAGAACAGGCCUCUUGUUCGCAGGCUUCUCCAGAGAGGGAGGCUGACGAGGAGGGAGCUGAUGUGGACGGAAAAAGGGACGGAGAUGGUGAAACGAAAGAAGCUCUGCACAACAACAGGGAAGAAGAGGAAAGGAGUUUAGUUUUACAGAUGAACGCUGCAUCUCUAAAUGACGCAGAGACCUGCAGUCCUGAGGACGUAGCAGAGACUCGACAUCAGUCGCUCAACAAACAGGCCGACGGUACAAGCCUCUAGGGAAAGACUGCAACGGAUUUAGAUUAUGUGAUAUCACAAAGCAUUGUUUAGAAACCCUUGGAAAUGAUAUGGAGAUAGCCAUAAUACCCAGAUUUAUUUUUAAAAAUAAACUUUGAAUAAAUUUUACAAAACUUUUCGAA